AUGUCUACCGACCCCGACUCGGAGGAUGACAAUUAUGGGGGUAUCUACCAUCCUGUACGCGGUCGAAUUCAUCCCCGUCCUAUCGCACGGUGGCCAGCUAACUCGGCUACCAACGAUGUAGAUCCUGGAACGCAAAGUCCCAGGCCAAACGAGCGAGCUCUGCAUCAUCCAGCAAUUGCGUCUGGGGAAGAUGACAUACACGCUCAUCGGCUGCGGGGACUUCUUACAACCAACCCUAGGGAAGCGACCCGGUGUCCAUGGACGCAACCCAAUGCGUCCUCUUACCGGAUCAUCAUCUUGGGUGAUCCAGAUGCUAAAAUUGACUUCACAAACAUUGAUGACCUGGCCGAAUUUCUGGUCGAGACAAUCAAUCACCCUGAGCUGUCGGAAAACCGGACACUGAACUUUGUCAGCGAUCGGAAGAGCUACAAUGAGAUCGCUGGUUUGCUGGAGACUCACUCCGGGAGGCCUGUGGAGAGGCAUUUGCUUCCGGUCGAGCUGAUGCAUCGCGUCUGGAAGAACAGGGACAACAUCCCCGAGGAGUUGCGGGGAAGAAGCGUGUUUCCGGAGGAUUUUUGGAUUCUAGUCAAGGGGAUGCAGGGCUCUGGGAGGCUUUGGAGGCCGCCUGGGGAGGUACACAAUGACUUGUUCCCGAGAGUGAAGCCCAGGACAUUCGAGGAAUAUUUGAGCGAGAUGUUUGGAGCAUAG